CCAGGUCCAGUUUGGCCAUGCUGGAGCUUGUGCCAACCAGGCUUCUGAAACUGCAGUAGCCAAGAACCAGGCUUUGAAGGAAGUAGGAGUGUUUGUGCCCCGGAGCUUUGAUGAGCUUGGAGAGAUCAUCCAGUCUGUGUACGAAGAUCUUGUGGCCAACGGAGUCAUUGUACCUGCCCAGGAGGUGCCGCCCCCAACCGUGCCUAUGGACUACUCCUGGGCCAGGGAGCUUGGUUUGAUCCGCAAACCUGCCUCAUUCAUGACCAGCAUCUGUGAUGAGCGAGGACAGGAGCUCAUCUACGCGGGCAUGCCCAUCACUGAGGUCUUCAAGGAAGAGAUGGGCAUUGGCGGGGUCCUUGGCCUCCUCUGGUUCCAGAAAAGGUUGCCUAAGUACUCUUGCCAGUUCAUUGAGAUGUGUCUGAUGGUAACAGCUGAUCAUGGGCCAGCUGUCUCUGGAGCCCACAACACCAUCAUUUGUGCGCGAGCUGGGAAAGACCUGGUCUCCAGCCUCACCUCGGGGCUGCUCACCAUCGGGGAUCGGUUUGGGGGUGCCUUGGAUGCAGCUGCCAAGAUGUUCAGUAAAGCCUUUGACAGUGGCAUUAUCCCCAUGGAGUUUGUGAACAAGAUGAAGAAGGAAGGGAAACUGAUCAUGGGCAUUGGUCACCGAGUGAAGUCGAUAAACAACCCAGACAUGCGAGUGCAGAUUCUCAAAGAUUACGUCAGGCAGCACUUCCCUGCCACUCCUCUGCUCGAUUAUGCACUGGAAGUAGAGAAGAUUACCACCUCAAAGAAGCCAAAUCUUAUCCUGAACGUAGAUGGUCUCAUCGGAGUCGCAUUCGUGGACAUGCUUAGAAACUGUGGGUCCUUUACUCGGGAGGAAGCUGAUGAAUACAUUGACAUUGGAGCCCUCAAUGGCAUCUUUGUGCUGGGAAGGAGUAUGGGCUUCAUUGGACACUAUCUUGAUCAGAAGAGGCUGAAGCAGGGGCUGUAUCGUCAUCCAUGGGACGAUAUUUCAUAUGUUCUUCCGGAACACAUGAGCAUGUAACAGAGCCAGGAACCCUACUGCAGUAAACUGAAGACAAGAACUCCUCCCCCAGGAAAAAGUGUACAGACAGCUGGCAGUGGAGCCUGCUUUAUUUAGCAGGGGCCUGGAAUGUAAACAGCCACUGGGGUACAGGCACCGAAGACCAACAUCCACAAGCUAGCACCCCUUCAGUCCACACAAAGAAGCUUCAUAUUUUUUUUUUAUAAGCAUAGAAAUAAAAACCAAGCCAAUACUUGUGACUUUACUCUGCUACCUGCUGUAUUUAUUAUAUGGAAGCAUCUAAGUACUGUCAGGAUGGGGUUCUUCCUCAUUAUAGGGCGUUAGGAUGUUGCUUUCUUUUUCCAUUAGUUAAACAUUUUUUUCUCCCUUGGAGGAAGGGAAUUAAACAUUUAAGGCCUCAAGAUACUAUACAUUUAAAGCACCCCAAUGUCUCUCUCUUUUUUUUUUUACUUCUCUUUCUUCUUCCUUAUGUAACAUGAAGAACAUUGUAUUAAUCUGAUUUUUAAAGAUCUUUUUGUAUGUUAUGUGUUAAGGACUUGUUUGGUAUCCCACUGAAAUGUUCUGUGUUGCAGACCAGAGUCUGCUUAUGUCAGGGGGAUGGGACCAUUGCAUCCUAAGCCAUUGUCACAAAAUAUGUGGAGUAGUAACUUAAUAUGUAAAGCUGUAACAUACAUUUAAAAUGGAAAUGCAAAAAGCUGUGAAAUGUCUUGUGUCUUAUGUUCUCUGUGUUUAUGCAGCUGACUUGUCUGUCUGUAACUGAAGUGUGGAUCCAAGGACUCCUAACUACUUUUCAUCUGUAAUCCACAAAGAUUCUGGGCAGCUGCCACCUCAGUCUCUUCUCUGUAUUAUCAUAGUCUGGUUUAAAUAAACUAUAUAGUAACAAUGAAGGCAUA